AUAAAGUUGAUUCAUACCUUAAGCUGUGCUUAAAUCGAGCACGCUAAGCAUGAACCAGUUUUUUAAUAACGUCUAUUUGACUUUGAAAAUAUGCUGAGAUAUUUGUCCGCGGGCAUUAACUGUUCCGGGAAGCGAACAGUUUUCCGUGAGCGAAGCCAGGGCGAAGCUAAAGGAAAUGGCUCGCUAGCUUGCGAACGAAGGCCUGAGACGUAUUUCCCGCUAUUGUCGGAGGCUAAACUGUUGGCUUCUCGGAGCAUCUGAGCAUAUUGUUUAAGUCAAAUGGUGGCUAUUGUAUCUGUGUUUGAACGUAUAUAGAAAAUGAGUACACCAAAGUAUCGAUAAGUUUUGCACGUUUCGCCUGUCAAAGAAAGCUCUGUCGAAAACAAAACGAUGGCUGAAAGCCGACAAUAUGAAGAAGAAAAAACCGGCAGCAAAAAACCGACUCAUUAUCGUUGCUGCUCAAUUAUAUUUCAGUUGAAAAUUAGACUUAGCACUACAGCAAACUUGUUACCUUACAACUGGGCCUUGUUCUUUAAUACUUCUUUGGGUAACUGGUCGUUUCGCCAACGUGUCAGUUUGCCAAUGUUAGGGCUGUAGUCGUAAUGAUGACAGCCGCGUAACAAGUAAAGUCUGGCUUCAUUUGACUAAUUGAACGAAGCGUAUAAUUUUCACUAACGCCACUAUUUCGCAUCUUCCCGUAAGCCUUUGGUUGUUUAUCACAUUUUUCCAAAACGAAGACAACUUUAAAGGUGAUUAUGCGAAGAAUUUCUCGGAAGAAAACUCGUCUCGCUUUCCUGACAUGCUUCAUUCUUCACAAGGUAAACAACGCGCCAACGCGAGCCAAAUUUUCCCGCCUUCCUUAGACCACGGGUUCGUUCAGAACAAACUGAAACGUACUCAUUAUGAAGAAUCCAUUCGCUCUUGUUGGAUAAAACGAGGAUACGAGGUUAUUAUUCGGCAAUUAAUUACAACAGACUCUGCGUUACGAGCCUCGCUUGCUGUUAAAAAAAUAUAUAUUUCACCUCGCAUCCAACAUGAACUACAGAACAAAAUGACGGCAUUUUGCCGCAGUCUUUGUUGGCAGCGGAAACAUUUCCAACGUUAAAGGCCUGGUAACAAGAUUAUUUUCAAUAUGGCGGGCAGAAAUGUGUCUUACUUGAAGCCAAAAACGCCUUCUUUUAUUGCAAAAUUCAAGGAAAAGGUUGGGUAUCAAGAAUCAGCCACAGUUGAAACAAAAUUUGAAGAGGGUGAAUCGUCUAAACUAGAUGAUAGAGAGCAUGAAGACGAGAAACCCACGGUAGUAUUGGGAUGUAAUGUUAGUGAAGCCGAGGCUGAUGCUUUCAUAACACGGUUAAAGGCAGAGGAAGACGCAAACGAAGAAGAGGAGAAGAGAAAAGAUGCAGGGAGAAAAGACAGCACUGAAGACGCAGGCAAAAUUGUUUUUAAGAAGCCAUCUAAGAGGAAAUCAGAUGACAGUGAAAAGGACUUAAAUUCUAACGCAGAUGAUAGAAAGAAAUCCAAACCUACAAGUACUAUGAAAAGUGUCAAGAAUAAGAGCCUGCUAUCAUUUGAUGAAGAAGAGGAUGAAGACUAACAAAACUAAAACGCUGUAUAGUAAAAAGGGUCUUCAAGUAUAGGCCAUGGUUCUUACUUUGGUGAGAUUACACAAGUUUGCCAAAAAAUUGGUCGAUAUCAAGUCAGUAACAUGAAGGCCGAUAUCAAGUCAGUGACUUGACAUGGCAGGAAAUACGGAAAGUAAAGGAGACUUGGUUAGUUGGUAAUACUAGACUGCACUAUAGUAUACUGUACAAGGCAGGGAAAAGAGAGAGAGCCUGGCAUCGAGUUUGGUUUCAUCCCUAAUGAGGACAAACCAAGUGCUUUUACUCGCCUUGAUGUUAGCUACAAAAGAGAGUGUAACAGCUUCUUGCGAGACUAAAAACUAAGUUUCUGGUAGGAUGAAAAUUUGGAAAACAAUUUAGAGGUUUAAUUACUUUAAAACAUUUAAAAUCAAUUGUAGCAAAUCACGUGAUGUGUUUCUGUCAAACCAUCCUCAAGCAAACACUCAGCUACAUUGCAAUCAAGGGUGCUUUCUUUAUAUAAGUAAAUUGUUUAGUGAAAAAGUAUUUUAACAUAAAAGAUUUCAUGUUCACAAAGUUAAAAGCCCUGAGCUCGCUAUUUUCGAUUUUAUUCGCCCUCAGGACAGGUUACUUUCGAAAGUUAAAAGCCCUGAGCUUGCGAGUUUUUAUUUUGGUCGCCCUUAGGGGCCGUUACUUUCGAAAGACAGUAAAAACCUGGUAAAGAAAGGCACAAAUCUCGGUUACAAAAUCAAAACACUUAAUAUUACAAACCGUACAUAGAACUGAUAGGAUCUCAAAGAAAGGAACCAAAUCAUUGUUGUUCUGUCUUCAACGAAAAAAAAAUGAAAGCAUUUUAAAAAUGAAAGCUCGGCCCAGUCUGUUCACAGACACUCUAUUUUGCUUUGAGUUCGUCGAGGUCGUAAGUAAAAGUAUUAACCGCAGGAAUCUGCAUUAAAAGCCCGAACGCAAGGAGGUGCCCCUGGGGAAAGAAAACAAUAGAGGGUCUGUGGACUUCUUUUGAGAAACUGAAUUCCUCGUUUCUCCAGAAACGGAAAAUUCCCAUUGGCAUUAUGGAAAUUAACAUGCCAUCAGCUUAUCAAAGAUCCAUCACGCUCUCGAAGAAAAAUAACUCGUAGCAAUAGAAAUAAACGCUGUGGACAGACUAAGCUUGGCUUUAAUCGGGGCUUUUUUAAAAGAUUAUUUCUACCUUUCCUUCUGGUAAGGUUAUUAUUUCUUUAUAAUAUUAAGCUGAAAACCUGGUUUACAUCAUUUUGAAAUGAAUAAAGUCCCCUUUCAUUGUCCGA